AUGAAAGAUGCUGUGAGAACGAGCGUGUUGGCGAGACAAUGGGAGUACUUGUGGACUUCCACCCGUAAUCUUCUCUUGGACGAAAUUGAAUUCCCUAACCGGACACUCUUCAUGAAUUUCGUGGAUAGAGCACUUGUGUGUCGGGACUGCUCCUCUUUGAAUGCUUUCACUCUCUCGUGCAGCAAGCAAUCUGAUGCGCCCCGCAUCAAUGUGUGGAUUGCUGCCACGGUCAGGCGCAACGUGCUGGAGCUCGACCUACAACUAUAUGAUAUUGAACAGCCAUACGUGUUACCUUGCUGCCUAUUUAGGUGCAAGACACUGACAAAAUUCGAUCUAGAAAUGCUAAAUAAUCUCAGAAUUCCUUCUUUAUUUUGUUUUAGGAGUAUAAAGGUCUUAAGACUUGAGCAAGUCAAUUUUGUGGACAAUGAUUAUACUGGAGAGAUGUUUUCAUUCCCUGCCCUACAGGAGUUGCGUCUCACAAGGUGCAGCUGGACGGCUCUCAAAGUUCUUAAAAUUUCCUCUCCUAAUCUCUCGAGCUUGAAUAUAGGUGUAUGUGAUGAGUAUGAUGGACGAAAUGGCCAAGUACUGAUCAAUGGAGCCAGUCUCACGCGCUUCUACUAUUGUGGCGAGCUCUUCUGUGACUAUAACAUAUCUGGCUUUGACUUGCUAGUUGAGGCUUACAUUAAUGUGGAUAUGGGCAGUCAUCCAACAGUAUACCAAAUACACCGUGGAUAUAAGCUCUUAAGGAAACUUUCUAAUGUCAAAAAGCUGACCUUACUGGAUUUGGAUGAGCACAAUGAGCUCCAUAACACUCUACCAGUUUUUCAUAACCUUACCAAGUUGGCUGUCGGGGAUGGAGAUGGGAGCCUAGAGUGUACCCAACUUGGAGUGAUACUUAGAAGAUCUCCUUUUUUGAGGAGUCUUGAAUUUGAAGAGGUGAUUUAUUACUGUACCUUUUCCGGUGUACUGCAAUUGCAUACUUCUGGUGGGGGCAAUAGCUAA